AUGCCUGAACUCAAGCAUACCGGACAGGAGAAGAGGAAGGUGGUUUGGUGGAUACCAAAACAACGGACCACCGAUACGACCGCCCGAAAUGCGGGGCCACAGCAUUCUGCGGAGCCCACUCCCCAACACUACACCAACCCCAUCCGCCUGACCCAAGAGUUUUUACAGCACGCAAUGAAGCCAAAGCCGGACCCCGAGGCAAACUCGCGUGAAGACUGGAUACGCAUGUCCAUUGUCCAUUGCUUGCCGUAUCGGUGUGCUGUUGCCGUGUCGGUCACCAGGCGAUGUAUGGCCGGAUCGGUCAUCGCAUUCGCGAUGUCUGCUGAUCAUCGAAACCGACGAAACCGACGAAACCGACGUGGUCCCGCUUAUGGUCACGAGCUGAUUCCCUUUGAAGAUCAUCUGCACGACACUGACACAUCGACACAGGUCACGGGUCUGCAAGUCUGCACUUCCAUACCCGCUCUGUACAUACUGCACUGUGCCGCGCGCACAGGCAGCUCCGGCCCCGGAAUGCCAGCAGAUAUUGCCCCCGGUCCUCGUUACGUGAGAUCCAUUGCCGCUUCAGUCUUAGCAAACGUGCCUGGUCUACGCGACUACGCACGUAUACGCACUCUCAUCGCCUCGCUCGCCAACACACAGUCCAAGCCGUCAUCCCAAGUCCGACCUAGCCCAAGUCCACAGUUUGUCAGUCAAGUGCAAAGAGGAGCAAGUUAG